AUGUCACACGAUUCCGACUUGAAAGACAGUGAAACGAUGUCAACAACCAAUGAUAAUACUGCUGAGCGGUGUGAUACUCAACGACAACAACAACAGCAGCAGCAGCCACUCGUCACAUCCACAAUAACGCAGUUCACUUCGGCAUGUCUUCGAAAUCAGUUACCUGCUACGACCGGUCAGGUUCAGCUGGGAUAUGGCAGCGGAGAGACCGUGGCGGCAAAUGUAGCAGCGCAUAAUGUGGUUCAUACGCAGCAUGGUAGUGGUGGUGGUGGUGGUGCUGUUGCUGCUGCUGCAUCACAGCAGAGUGUGGUUGGUGCUCUUGGCCAUUCUAGAGUGCAGCAGCAGCAACAGCCAGCCGUCAUUUCGUUGCCAGCAGAACGUGUAAUACGUGAAUAUUCUGGACAACAACUUGCAGCGGGAGCAGCAGCAGCAGCAGCAACAGGCAUUCAGCAGCAACAGCAGCAGCAGCAGCCGACCGUGAUUGCAUUACCAGCAGAACGUGUGAUACGUGAAUACGCCGAGCAACAGCAGCAGCAGCAGCAGCAGCAUGGAGCAGCAGGAGGAGUAGUAUUGGGUGUACAUCAACCACAUCCGGCCAUUAUCUCACUGCCAGCACAGCGUGUUAUACGUGAUUGUGCCGAGCAUCAGCAGCGCAUCAUUCAAACUUCUGCUGCUGCCACUCCCGCUGCCUUUAUCAAUGGUGCAAACAUUGAGACAACACGUCGUUAUUUGGUGCCAUCUGGAAGCAGCAUUAUCGGUGAUACAAGAACAGGAACUGUACGUGGCUCUGUUCGAGUAAACGCUGCUUGCACAUCGAUGUCGCCAUUGGUAACAGUAACCUCACAAAAUGGUGGAUUAACUAUUGCAAAGGAUUUGGUCCGUGGUUCCAGAUCACUGGAACGUGUUCACAAUGGUGGAGGUGAAACGAAACAAGUGCUUGUGCAGCUACCGUCUGUCAGUAGUAUUGCUGCUACCUCAUCGGUUGCACCAGUAAGUGUCAUGCCUGCUGCCACCUAUGUCUCUUUAGCAGCCGAGCAACAGGAGGAAGAUCUCACGCGUUCUGCUUCACGUAUACGUCCCGCGAUUCUGCGUAAAAGUCGGGAAACAGGCCCAACAAUUUAUCGUCCAAUCAGUGCAGAAGGCCUACAACAGUCAUCGGUUUCGAAUCGUGACCCGCUGGUUCCCCCCUUAACUGCUUUCAGAGAUGAUCUGUUGUGCCUGAAGCGUGCAAAUAUUGGCGAUGGUCGCAUGCAGCAGGGUAGUGCAGCGCAGCUGCCACCAAAUGCUCGAGCAGUUGGAGUUGUACAAACGAACUCACCAGCUGUCUUGCUUGGAUACAACUCGACCACGAACUGCCAGGAGCAGCAUAAAUAUACGGUAUGUUCUCGUAUUUGUUCGGGUAUUGUACAUAUAUCUGUCAAUGACAAUAUAGCAGCAAAAAAGAUGCCCAUAAGACGAUUGGCUCGAUGCCAUCCAGACAGUGGUACAGUGGGAGCACUGCUUGCGCAACAGCAACAUGCGAUGGCUCUUGGCAAGCAGCCCAGUGCUGCCAUUUCAGUUGAUACGUUGACACGAAAAGUGAGGAGAGUGCCGAAUAUUCUUGCAUCAAGAAGCCGAUGCGUAGCAACUGCACCAGUUGCUCCUGCUGCCGCUGCUGCAGCUGCUUUUGUUUUUUCGAAUUCGCCAAAUUUGCCAAGCCAAAGCCGUGUCAGUGAACAACCACAGUCCCUGCUCUCCGUGCAUACGACAGGUAUCGCUGGCGAAUUGCCGCCCCAAGCUCGAUUCGCCCACACUCACACGGAAACUGCCGCCCGAAUUCAGAAAGGUAACAGUUCUUCGGAAUGCGUCCGAAACCAGAAAGGCGACAUGCACCAGGCAGAAUGCGCUGCUCGAAUUCGAGGCGCUGAUGGUCGAGCGGAAUGCAUUCGAAUGCAGGAAGAUGACGGCGGUGGCGGCGGCGCAGCAAGCGCCCGAAUGCAGCAGUGUGAAGGCCGGACAGAAAACCUCCGCCUCCAGCGACAUGACGGCCAGAUGGAAGGUGUCCGAGUUCAGAGAGGCGACAACCAGGCAUAUCGAAUCCGAAUUCGAAAAGGUAGCAACCAGUCAGAAGACUUUCAGACCCAGAAUAAUGACGACCUUACGGAAAGCAUGCAGAUCCAGGCUGGUGGAAGCCAUUCAGAAGACGUGCAAAAGAGCAUUCGGAUUCAAGAAAGUGACAGCCAUUCAGACAGUGCCCGAUUUCAGCAGUAUGACGUACGGACAAAAAACACCCAAUUCCAACAACAUGACGGCCAUACAGAAAGUUUUCAGAAAGGCGACGGCCAGGCUUAUCGAAUCCGACGAAAAGGCAACAACCAGGCAGAAAGCUCCCAAAUCCAAAAGAGUGACGGCCAUGCGCGAAACAUGCAAAUUCAAGCGAAUGUCGACGGCCAUGCCGGAAACGAUCAAACCCGAAAGGGCGAUGUUUUGACAGAAGGUAUUCCAGUUCGAGAAGGUAACUCACAAAUAGAAGGCGGUCAAGUUCUGCAGUGUGAGGGGCAGAUAGUGCAACAGCAUGAUUCUCAGGCAGAAGGCGUCCAAAUCCAUGAACAGGAUGAGGAAACAGAAGAUGCCCAAUCAGUACAGCAAAUUUUGGCUUUGGUGCGUCGGUUUUUUAAAUGCAACGUGUCAAACGUGCCAGAACAGAUGUUUUCAAAACAAGACAGCAGUACGAGAAAAGCUCUCGAGAGCACCUCGCACUCUUCGACUCUUUCCUCUUCGGAUACAGUAUAUCUAAGCGAUGGUUCGGAUGAAAGUGUGAGUGUGGAGGCGGCUCGUACAUCGGAUGAGAUGGAAACAGUGAGCGGAAUUGCCGGAAGGAUCUCAAAUAGGAAUGCUGUAGCGACCGCGGAAGUUGGUCUUCGCCGGAGAGAAGUGCAAAACGCAGAGUGUAAUGAGCCAGUUACAAGUAACGGUCCAGUUGAGCAGGUUUCGGCAAAAUACGAAUCUCUAUUUCGCCAUGGUACUUUGGUGGAACGCCUUCGGCACCUCAAAACUUUGACGGGAUUGGAGUGCAUCUUAAGAAGAAUGUUCAUGAAGUAUUGGAUGACCGACAGGCAGCAGUGUCGUGUUGUUGCUCAUGCAACACAGACAGGAGCUGUUGCAAAAAAUUUUUUGGAUGCAGAUUUGAUCGCAAUGUUGGAAGAAUAUUCACUUGCAACAGCGGAAAAACAGACGAAGGAAUUUUUCGCCCAUUGUCAGCCGGGUUGCUCCUCCGCCUCACCAUCGUUAUCUUCAUCAUCAUCAUCAUCAUUGAUUUUGGAUGAACUGUACAAAAAGCACUGGCCAAAUGCGCCUCCGCAUGCUUUCAAAUACAUCAAGCAAGCUACGGAAGCUGCUCUCCAUGCAUGUUUUGGUUUGACAAUGCCUCCAGAAAUCGCACAGCAGACUGUCACCAUCUCGUCUCGCUCACAGGCCGAUGGUGGUGGCAGCUGCGGAAGUCGACGUGAUCCAGAAACAGAAAUGAUGCAGGCGGUUGCAGAAUGUUUCGCUCAAGUGGUAGAGGAUGUUGUGAGCAACGCUGACAAAGGUAUGAAGAGAAAGCAGCAGCUAGCGGCAGCGCCGAACUUCAGCACCAAUCAGCCAGAAAAAGGAAAAAUGAAACAGAUGAGAUGCCCAGAGGGAAGUGCAGGAGAAAACGUGGAUCGCGAGUGGCAUCGCUCUCUUCGCCUCAGGGAAGCGCGACUACUUAGUGAAAGAUUAGCAGAUUUGCGAAAGCUUGAGGACGAAAAUCGUGAUGGUGCUAUGGAACUAAUGCUGCAGUUGGUCGAAUGUACUGAUCGUGAAUCAUUUGAUGAAUUUGAGGCGCAAUUCCUUGCGGAUUAUAAUCCGUCCGAUGAUUCUGAGAUUCUCGAAGAAAGGCGGCAAAAACUGCUUGCUUCAUUUGCAAAUUCUCAUCCAAUGGAUUACGAUGCAGCUUUUCUGGGCGAUGGUUUUAACCCGAGUCAGUCAAAAGUGACUUCUCCACCACUCUCUGAGGAAAUUAUUUGCAAACAGCCCAAACGUGCACAUUCGAGAACAAAGCGGCAGCGAAAAAGUGAAGCACCAAAAGGCAUAGCUCGACAGCAUACUACUUCAAGUUUUGCAUACGAUGAAAUUCGUCCGAAAACGACUGCCAAGAAAAGGAGGACGGAGUCCGUCGACGACCCGGACAUUGCUGAAUUGGUGAACCUUGAGACGAAGUUGGAACGAAUAAAGAACCAAAUUGGGAAUGACCAGAGCAUGUCACGCUCGCUCUCCACCGUCAGGGAAGCGCGACUACUUAGUGAAAGAUUAGCAGAUUUGCGAAAGCUUGAGGACGAAAAUCGUGAUGGUGCUAUGGAACUAAUGCUGCAGUUGGUCGAAUGUACUGAUCGUGAAUCAUUUGAUGAAUUUGAGGCGCAAUUCCUUGCGGAUUAUAAUCCGUCCGAUGAUUCUGAGAUUCUCGAAGAAAGGCGGCAAAAACUGCUUGCUUCAUUUGCAAAUUCUCAUCCAAUGGAUUACGAUGCAGCUUUUCUGGGCGAUGGUUUUAACCCGAGUCAGUCAAAAGUGACUUCUCCAACACUCUCUGAGGAAAUUAUUUGCAAACAGCCCAAACGUGCACAUUCGAGAACAAAGCGGCAGCGAAAAAGUGAAGCAUCAAAAGGCAUAGCUCGACAGCAUACUGUUAUUCCUUCCGAGAAAAAGCAGCCAACACCAAAGCGGGAUCUGGAGGAUUUGCGACCAGUUCUCACAGCUGCUGAGUUGAGCGCGAAGUUUAUGAAUGAAUUCCAUGGUGGAGCUGCAAAAUAUAGAUGCGAGCAACGAGAAUCUGCAGCGAAUCCUGCGCCGAAAUGCACCGGUCAAACAACUGUAACAAAUUAUGCCGAUGAGGGAACAACAGCAGGGACCGAUAUACCAGUGCAGGGCACAGUUUCUUCAUCAUGCAGUAACCGGAAAGAACGAAGUAAAUCAGUAAGUUCAGAAGAUGAGAUUGUGGUGGUGGAUGAUGACGAUGAUGAUGCAGAAGCAGCUGCACAGUGCGAUUCUGGAAAUCCAGAAGGGGGCAGCGAUGUGCAAAUGGUCGAGAUCGAGGAAAGCGCCGUCGUUUCGGAUUUGUCGGAGGUCGUGUCCAGCAUUCUUGAUGACGACUUGGUGGCAUAUCUUCGAAAACGUGGGCGAAAUAUACGAGAGCGGCUUGCGACGGUACUGCUUCCUACACGAGACAGUGAAUCGUUGCUGAGUAUGACGAUCGGAAAUUUUGUGGACUGUACCACUAAAACAUUCGAUCCAAAGGUGAAAAGUACAAGUUCAAAAUGA